AUGACGGAACUGGCCCUUACAAAUUUCGAUGUGCUUCGAUUAAUCGUCGAGGAUAUUAGCGACCCAAAGACUAUAUACAAUUUUGCCCUCGUCAAUCGUCUAUGGAAUGAUGUCUCGACAAACUUCCUGUGGAGCAACGUCCAAUUGAAUAGUGUCCGAGCGGUUAACGCCUUUCUGCGCACUAUGGAUAUGGCAAUAGCCGGACGUACAAGAUAUCCGUAUACGACGAUGAAGAAAUGGAUGAAAACUAAUAUCGCACUAGAGGAUAGAGACUUGUCGCGCAUUUCAAAUAAAAAUUUAGCACGAGUGCUUGACGAGUGUUCAAACGCAAAAUCCGUUAGGCUGGGCGAAUUCAAUGUUGGACAUACUAUCAUCAGAAGCCUUAUACGUGUAAAGUCGAUGAGAGAGUUGGCUCUUUCAGACUUGGUAAUUUUAGACGUGGACGUGUUACGUUGUCUCACGAUAUCGCAUUUCAAUUAUCUCCAGAGCAUUGAAUUUUAUCUAAGCUCGGCGUUCAUAGACCCCAUACUCGUUCCGAUGGUCAGGAAUAAUCGGAAUUUGCGUUCUCUUGGAGUGAGAUGGAACGAUGACAGUUUAAUACCUUUGCUCGACUCUUGUCCGUCUUGUCUCGAAAGUAUAACUAUAAAGUGUGCAUUCGAGCUUCUGGAGGACGAACUCCUAGACCUUAUUACACGAUGUACUAAAAGAGCGUGUAAACUGUUUUUGUCGGGUCCACCCAUUGAAGCAGACGUCCUUAUCAAAUUAGUGGAAGGCUUGACAACUGAAACCAAGGUUUCGAUCAAUCGAAGUGGUUAUUUCAUGUCCGAAUAUUCUUUAAUAUAUUCACAUGAUUCGCUAGAAGUAGAGACCGCGGACUAUGAUGAGCUUCUAACUUUUCCAAUGACGUCUAAUGUGAACUUUAUAUCUUGGGAUUAA